CUUUUGGCAACGGCUUUUGGGCUGUUCACUGUGUCUUUGUUGCAGUGAAUCCACGGUGAUCCGACGUCGUCUGAUCCCAGACUCGGCGCUCGUGGUCACUGCCGUGACAGCCGCAACAAUGAUGUCUAGAUCUGUACGUGCUGAGACUCGUAGUCGUGCCAAGGAUGACUUCAAGAGGGUCAUGCAAGCCAUCGACAAAGUGAGAAAAUGGGAGAAGAAAUGGGUUACAAUUGGAGACACGACCAUGAAGAUCUACAAAUGGGUGCCAGUUCCAAGCUCCGACCAGUCCAGAUCAAAAGGAAAGUCACAAACUGUGUCGAACAACAAGGAAAACAUUGAGCAGCCGGUGAAGCAUGAAAUAAAGAAUGGUGAUUCACAGUCACUGGUUGGCAAAGACAAGUCCAACUCUAACAUUUCUGAAGGAAUGGAGGAAUCAUACACAGGGUUCUCGGAGUUCAGCCAGGACUCUCAGGGGGACAGCAACGUUCUGAGAGCGCCGCCGGAAGAGUCAAGCACGUGCAUCACGGAGAACAGCAGUGACACCCAGUUCCCAGACUCUCAGACAGACUUGGCUGCAAAGCGCGACGAGUCCAGCGAAGACAGCACAGAGGCACCCCUCAAGAAGCUCAAAGUGGGCAAUGAAGGAUCCAAGGGGCAAUAGUGCCAGCCACAAUCACACAUGCCAUCCUCUGCCUGCAUGGUUCCUGAUACCCGGUCAAGCUGUAUUUUUCUGCCAAGAUCUGUGAAUAGUGUGCUUUGAGUGUGCAAGACGUGAAUAUGCCUCGAUACCUACAGGCCAACAAAAAGACUAAAUUUGUUUUGUUUUUUCCCAUGGUUGUACUUUUUUUUAUACAAUUGCUACCUGUUUUAGGGCCAGUAGUAUGAGUGGAAAGUAAGCUUUGGACUUCUUCCAAAACAAAUGCUGAUUGGAGUGCAUGAGGUGCCAAUCAUUGUCAUAAAUGAAACCUGCCAAGCGUCCUGUCAGAAUUUCAAUUGUCCAUGGCAGUGUUUGUCAAUUUUAAGACAUGUUUUCAAGUGUGGAUUUUCAGACUGGGUUCUGAGGAACUCAAGUCUCCAACUUCCCUGAAGCACACCCAUUCCUAGUAAAAUGCUUUUUUUCUUCUACUCCAAACACAUUUUAAACAUAGCUGAACCGUGCAUUUAUGUGUGGCUAUGGACGCGACGCUCCCACCAAGUUCCUGAUUGUGUUUAAUAUUGAUAACGAAGUUUGAAAAACUUUUAAACUGCUUGAUUGCAAGUUUGUCAGGAGGAAGGACAGAGACAUAGUUCUUGGUUCUUACUCAAUGUGUGCCCAAGGCACGGUGGAAGAGAUGGGUGUCGGAACAAGACCAAAAAGGCUGUCGCAGUCGCACUCCAGCUUUGUGCAUCUCUCGGCAGGGGCACUGUCUAGUUGGGCGCAGGCACUCGCAGCCUCGAAAACAUGCGCACCAGGGUGUCUAGCGACCAGGAAAACCGGGAAAACCAGCAAUUGUUAGGGAAAUUUUAAUUACCAGGAAAAAUCGGGGAAUUGUCAGGGAUAUUGUCAAAAAAUGAGCCGGAUAUGCCAUCGAGUGCCCUGAGCAAAGGCUUGAGGACUUGGGGGCAAAAAAUAGACAAUAAAUUCUGCUUAGAGCGGAGCGCAAGCUCUGCUCACCCGAUGUGGAGCAUGCUACCCGAUGCAAAGAGAACAGCCGACAAAUCCAGUCCAACCCAUACUGUGCAUUGGAUUGUAUUGAAUUGAGGGUGCGACCUGAGGCUAGUUCCAGUUAGAGCCACUAGAUUUAGUAAUGGAAAAGCCGCAGACCCCAAUCCAAUCCAAGCCUUAAGUCAAAGGUAUCCGAAAGUGUGCAUCUGGUGGCCAUGCUGUUAUUCAGUUAUUGACGUGUGUGGCUGAGCGUCGCGUUUCAGAGUGUUUCCGGAAGUGGCUUCUACACUAACGAUGUCGGUGGCAAGAAAGUGCUCGUUUAAUCCGGACUGGAUGAACUCGAAUAUUUAGAAAUAUGCAAGUUUGAUUAAGCUCGUGCAAAAUGAUCCUCACAGUGCUCAAUGCUCAAUGUGCUACAAAACGUUUUCUUUGAGCCACAUGGGAAACACGGCAGUUUCUAGUCGUGCAUCGAGCAAAAAGCACCUUGCUGCUUUGAAGUCUCAGUCAAAAGAGCGCUGUGAGAAGGGCCGAGAUAGUUUGGUGGUUAAACUCGGUAGCGAUUCGUGGAUCCCUUCGUUCUACUGCAGCAUCAGCCCCACUCUCCCUUCUCAUGUUUCCCGCGUGUGAAGUUGCUGCAACACUUCAGUUAGGCAAGGACAAGGUAGGAUAUACCAAAAAAUGCCUUGUGUUCUAAUAGUCAUAUAUUUAACCGCCUCUAAAGUGGUCAGGGAAUUUCACCUGAAAUUGUGAGGGAAAACCUGGAAAGGUCAGGGAAUUUUCAAAAUAAGAAUUUGCUGGAUACCCUGCACGCAAAUGAGGGCGGUUCCUCGAGCCCCUGUCCUGCUGCACCACCCCGCAGCGUUUGUCAGAAAUGGGAGCAUACUUUCGGACACACUUGCUCGGUGUGAGGCAGCACCGUUCAGACACCUCUUUCUCAUCAUCUGUUCCGAGGACAAACCAUGCCAGCACACUACAAUUUUAGUGAGCUUUGAACGUAAAUGAUGGCAUAUGUAGAAGUAAAUGGCGAUGUUUUCAGUAGGUGUGUGUGAAUAGCAGUUCGAAUUGAAUAGUGCUGCGUCACUUAUAUAACCUUGGCAGUGAGUGCUAAGGGAAACCCCCGACGUACCCGCUGUCUUUGCGGUAUGGAAGCUACGGAUGACGCUGUAAUAUGCAAUUUGAAGCAGUAUUUGCACACCCAUAGUUUCCGGGUUUAAUAUCUUGCAAACUUCGCUGUAACUAAGUUUUGUGAUCAGGUCUAUGCUCGCCUAUUUAUUCUAUGCCAUGGGCAAAAUAUUUUGUGUGAUCACUCUUUUGCAUUUUGUUGAAUCCCCAUAUUUGGGAAAAUAGUAGCUAGUGGCCUCUAGUGAUAAUUGCUCAUUUUUAAUUGUCUGCAAAAGGUAUUGGGAAAAUCCAUGUUUUUGUAUUAGGGCCAAAGGUUGGUUGUAUAAGUCAAAUUGUUGGUUGUUUAGUUUAAUCUCAAUGCAACUGAUGGCAGCCUUAUGAUGGAUAAUGAGGAACAUUGAUCAUUGAAUAGAAAUCAUGCAUAUUUUAGAAAGUGGAACAAUUUUAAUUAUUUAUUACGUUACAAUGGGCAUUCUCUUUGGAUUUGAAGUUUAUAUCUUGUUUGUGUAUUUAAUAUCAAUGCAACAAUAGAUUAACCAGAAUAUUGCAUGGUUGCGCAUCACUUGUUUUGUGCAUGCUGAUGUGUUAGAAUGUGUCACCUGCACACCACAUUAACGAUAUAGCUCUCGGGUACUCCAAACCUAAUAGGUAAUGAUAGAAGACUGUGCCGAAUUAGUGUAAAUAGUAUGUGAACCAGAAUUAACUGUCUGAAUCUUGUCGACCACCCUUAGUGCACUUGUCAUUCAUCACUUAGUUUGACGAGCGAUGUUGCUGUAUUAUUUUUUCUAAGCUGUUCUCAGCACUUUUCAUAAUGUGGGUAUUAACCAUUGCUCCUUGUUUGUACAUACAAUUCAUCUUUAUGAACACCUUCGGCCCCUGACGAAGGGUUGGCCAUGCAUCGCGUGUGUGAAAAUAAGCGUGCUUUACACCAUUCGACACAGCAGAAUAAAGACAAUUUGCAUCCGGUA